UGUUGGUCGGUGAGGAUGAAGAGCAGAAGAGGAGCAGCAGAGAGGCAUUUCUGAAGAUCACACUGCACUUCCUGAGGAGGAUGAAGCAGGAGGAGCUGGCUGACUGUCUGCAGAGCACUCUUGUCCCACUGUGUCGACAUAAACUCAAGUCUAACCUGCAGAAGAAGUUCCAGUGUGUGUUUGAGGGGAUCGCUAAAGCAGGAAACCCAACCCUUCUGAAUCAGAUCUACACAGAGCUCUUCAUCACAGAGAGAGGGACUGCAGAGGUCAAUGAUGAACAUGAGGUCAGACAGAUUGAAACAGCCUCCAGGAAACCAGACAGACCAGAAACAACCAUCAGACAAGAAGACAUCUUUAAAGCCUCACCUGGAAGAGAUGAACCAAUCAGAACAGUGAUGACAAAGGGAGUGGCUGGCAUUGGGAAAACAGUCUUAACACAGAAGUUCACUCUGGACUGGGCUGAAGACAAAGCCAACCAGGACAUACAGUUCACAUUUCCAUUCACUUUCAGAGAGCUGAAUGUGCUGAAAGAGAAAAAGUACAGCUUGGUGGAACUUGUUCAUCACUUCUUUACUGAAACCAAAGAAGCAGGAAUCUGCAGGUUUGAAGAGUUCCAGGUUGUGUUCAUCUUUGACGGUCUGGAUGAGUGUCGACUUCCUCUGGACUUCCACAACAAUGAGAUCCUGACUGAUGUUACAGAGUCCACCUCAGUGGAUGUGCUGCUGACAAACCUCAUCAGGGGGAAACUGCUUCCCUCUGCUCGCCUCUGGAUAACCACACGACCUGCAGCAGCCAAUCAGAUCCCUCCUGACUGUGUUGACAUGGUGACAGAGGUCAGAGGGUUCACUGACCCACAGAAGGAGGAGUACUUCAGGAAGAGAUUCAGAGAUGAGGAGCAGGCCAGCAGAAUCAUCUCCCACAUCAAGACAUCACGAAGCCUCCACAUCAUGUGCCACAUCCCAGUCUUCUGCUGGAUCACUGCUACAGUUCUGGAGGAUGUGAUGAAGACCAGAGAGGAAGGAGAGCUGCCCAAGACCCUGACUGAGAUGUACAUCCACUUCCUGGUGGUUCAGACCAAAGUGAAGAACAUCAAGUAUGAUGGAGGAGCUGAGACAGAUCAUCACUGGAGUCCAGAGAGCAGGAAGAUGAUUGAGUCUCUGGGAAAACUGGCUUUUGAUCAGCUGCAGAAAGGCAACCUGAUCUUCUAUGAAUCAGACCUGACAGAGUGUGACAUCGAUAUCAGAGCAGCCUCAGUGUACUCAGGAGUGUUCACACAGAUCUUUAAAGAGGAGAGAGGACUGUACCAGGACAAGGUGUUCUGCUUCGUCCAUCUGAGUGUUCAGGAGUUUCUGGCUGCUCUUCAUGUCCAUCUGACCUUCAUCAACUCUGGAGUCAAUCUGAUGGAAGAAGAACCAACAGGCACCUCCCAGCUGUCUAAAGUCUUCAGAGACAAACAGAAUCUGAAGUAUCUCCACCAGAGUGCUGUGGACAAGGCCUUACAGAGUCCAAAUGGACACCUGGACUUGUUCCUCCGCUUCCUCCUGGGUCUGUCACUGCAGACCAAUCAGACUCUCCUGCGUGGUCUUCUGACACAGACAGGAACAAACUCAAAGAGCAGUUACAAAACAGCCAGGUACAUCAAGAAGAAGAUCAAAAAGAAUCCAGAUCCAGAGAGAAGCAUCAACCUGUUCCACUGUCUGAAUGAACUGAAUGAUCGUUCUCUAUUGAAAGAGAUUCAACAGUCCCUGAGUUCAGGAAGUCUCUCCACAGAUAAACUGUCUCCUGCUCAGUGGUCAGCUCUGGUCUUCAUCUUACUGUCAUCAGAAGAAGAUCUGGACGUGUUUGACCUGAAGAAAUACUCUGCUUCAGAGGAGGCUCUUCUGAGGCUGCUGCCAGUGGUCAAAGCCUCCAACAAAGCUCUGCUGUGUGACUGUAACCUGUCAGAGAGAGGGUGUGAAGCUCUGUCCUCAGUUCUCAGCUCCCAGUCCUCUAGUCUCAAAGACCUGGACCUAACUAACAACGACCUGCAGGAUUCAGGAGUGACAUUACUGUCUGCUGGAUUGGCAAGUCCGCACUGUAGGCUAGAAGCUCUCAGUCUGUGCGGCUGUCUGAUCACAGAGGAAGGCUGUGUUUCUCUGGCCUCAGCUCUGAGCUCCAGCCCCUCCCAUCUGAGAGAGCUGGACCUGAGCUACAAUCAUCCAGGAGACUCAGGAGUAAAGUUGCUGACCGCUGGAGGGGACGAUCCACACUGGAGACUGGACACUCUCAGAGUGGAACACUGCGGAGCAGAGAGGUUGAAACCAGGGGUGAGAAAGUUCGCCUGUAAACUCACACUGGACCCAAACACAGCAAACAAAGAGCUCAGACUGACUGAUAACAACACUAAGGCAAGACUAGAAGCACCAAGUCAACCAUAUCCUGAUCAUCCAGAGAGGUUUGACUGCUGGCAGCUGCUGUGCACUAAUGGUCUUACUGGUCGCUGUUACUGGGAGGUGGAGUGGAAAGGACGAGUCGAGGUAGCAGUGAGUUACAGAGGAAUCAGAAGGAAAGGAAACAGUCCUGACAGCUGGUUUGGAAGGAACGAUCACUCCUGGAGUCUGAGCUGCUCCGCUGAUACUUUCUCUGUCUAUCAUAAUAACAGAAUAACCUUCAUCCCUCUCCACGUCUCCUUCUCCCCUGCUGUCCCCAAGAGAGUAGCAGUGUAUGUGGACUGUCCUGCUGGCAUCCUGUCCUUCUACAAAGUCUCCUCUGACUCACUGAUCCACCUCCACACCUUCAACACCACCUUCACUGAGCCUCUGUACCCUGGCUUUGGCUUCGGAUUCUGGUUUGGUUCUUCAGUGUCUCUGUGUUCUCUGUGCGAGGAUGACUCUGCUCCUGUGUAGAAAAACCAUCCACCCCUUUGUAUACACAUUUUCAA